AAUGGAAUAGGUUUUUGCAUAUAUAAAAAUCUAGUCUUGUUGGAAGCAUCAAAAAUAAAUAUCAUCAUUUAAUUAUGAUGGUGCAUCAGACAAAAAACUUUCUGACUUACUUUUAUGCGAAGAUUGCGAGAAAGAAUCUGCUCCUAAUCGGAAAAUAUUGACAUUAGAUGAAUUUAAAUCUUUUUGUAGAACUCAUAAUUAAAAUUUCAUACCCAUUGAAGUUUGUGACAAGCCCUUUGAAAGAAUAAAAUCAUUCUUGAAUGAUGUUGUAGAGAAACUGAAGAAUUAAAUAGAAAAAGUUUUAAAAUAGUUAAAAAUUCAACAAACAGCUAUGUAUUAAAAGACUUUGGAGAAUCUAAUAAAGCAAAGCUUUAGUUAAGAAAACACUAAAAGUUAAAUAAUUUAUAAUGAAAUCGGAAAAAUCAAUGUUGAUUUUUCGACUAAAAUUAUUAAGAGUUUAGAAGAUUUAUUAAAUUUAGAGGAAUUUAAAAAAUGCAAGCAAGAAUUAGAAGAAUUAAAAAAUAUCUUUGUUGAUAAUUAUAUAAAUAAUAAAUAAUAAUAAUAAUAAUAAUAAUAAUAAUAAUAGCAAUAAUAGCAACAAUAAUAAUAAUAGCAAUAAUCAUAAUUAUAAUCAUAAUCAUAAUAAUAAAAAUAAUAAUUAUAAUAAUCAUAAUCAUAAUCCUCAUAAUAAGGUUUCAUUUUAGAAAAUAGGGAAAUUGCAUAGUCCGAAAUAUGUUAUUCAAUUUCAUUCAACAGCACUAACUCAAUGAUGAUUGCUGGAUGUAAUAAUUCUAUCAAAGUUUGGGAGUUUGGCUUUGGAGAACUAAGUUUUCUUGAAAAUUUAGAAGCUCAUAAAUAUACUGUCACUAAUUUAUUAUUCAGUAAAUUUAAAAAUAAUUUCAUUUCUGGUUCAAAAGCAGGAGAUUUGAUAUGUUGGAAGUAAUAGAAUAAUUAAUUUAUAAAAUCAUUAGCUUAUGAAUAUCACUAAUAAGGGAUAAGCUGUAUGAUUUUAAAUAAGGAAGAGAAUUUACUAUUUACAGCUGAUAUGGAUAGAGGGAUCAUAAUUUGGAAGGCAUUCUUGGAUAGGAAUGAAUUAUCCUUUCAGAAAAUAUUAAAGAAUCAUACUAAAUAAGUGAAUGGACUAAGUCUAAAUGAUUCAGAAACUAUUUUGGUUUCUUGUGGCUUAGAUAAGUAAAUUAUAAUUUGGUAAAAAUAAUAAAAUGAUUGGAUAUUUAAAAAGAAUGUUAAUUAAUAUUAUUAUGAAUUUGGCACUAGAAUUAAAUUUAUCAGUGAUGAUCAAUUUAUAUGGGUUUCAGGAGUUAAAAAUGGUUAAGAUAAAUUAUUUGUCUUUUAAAUAAAUAAUUUCAAUGAUAAUGUAAAUGAAGAGAAUAAUAAGUAACUUUUAGUAAGUAAUUAAAACACUGAUAGUCUUUUCUUCCCUAUUUUCUAUUUGGAUUAAAAAAAAUUAAUUGUGACUAAGCACAAAGAUCAUAUUUAUCUAAUUAAAAAACAUGAUGAUGGAUUCAUAGAAACAGUUUCAUUAAAAGUCUUAAAUUCAAAUGAAGCUUACGGAGCAGUAACGAAUGAUGGUUAAUAUUUAGUAUUUUGGGAAUAAGCAACUUAAAAGUUUGAAGUUUGUUCAAUUGUAAUUUGA